AUGGUAGUCGAAGACAGAGGUGACUUUAUUGAAGGUUCACUGGAUACUGUUGAUAGCUGUGUUCAUCCCAUAAGCUCUGGGGAUGACGUUGAGCGAGAUAUCCUGCAAAAGGGCGGUGCAGUCGAUUCUCUUCUGCAAAAUGUCUGCUACGAAGAGUGCUUUGAAGAUAUCCCGCCGGGUUCGCAAGGUGUCCAGGUCAAUAAGUUGACACCGACUUUCGUAGAUGGCCAACAAAAUCGAUACAACCAAUUAUUUUUAGUCUUUGGGAGGGGGUUAACCGCACCCCCAGACUGCUACUUCCAAUAUCAUAAUUUUACUAACACGAAACCUGUUGAUCCAACAACAUUUUUUUCUCUAUUUCCCCAGGGUCUUGACGGAGCAUGGCUGCGACACUACAGCUGGCGGUGUCAACCGGUGGAUUGGACAGAAUCACCCCCUGCAAUGCGGGUUGCCCGAGGAUGCUACGUGUACUUCCUGGCCAAACUUUCCGAACUGCUAGACACCGUAUUCUUCACACUGCGGAAAAAAGACAAACAGAUUAGCUUCCUGCAUUUGUACCACCACACGGUGAUGCCGAUGAUCUCCUGGGGUGCCACCAAGUAUUACCCCGGAGGACACGGAACGUUCAUAGGAGUAAUCAACUCAUUCGUUCAUAUUGUGAUGUACAGCUAUUACAUGAUGGCUGCCAUGGGUCCACAGUUCCACAAGUAUCUGUGGUGGAAGAAAUACAUCACCGAUCUGCAGAUGAUCCAGUUCGGAAUGGCCUUCAUGCACUCCGCCCAGCUGCUGUGGACUGAUUGUGGAUAUCCUCGCUGGUCGGUGUGCUUCACCCUGCCAAAUGCAAUCUUCUUCUACAUGUUGUUCAACGAUUUCUACAAAAACACCUACGGAGUCAGGCGUGCUGCCCGGUUGGCCGCUGCAAAACGCAAAGCGGAAGAGGAAAGAGUGUUGCGGGAGAUCCACGGAAAACCCGCCGAUAAAGAGCUGUAGGCUCCCUGGACUGGUCCAAUGGAUACCACCAAAUUUCACCACCGUAGUUUAAUCACAUUCCCUACCCCCCCCCCCCCCUCAACCACUUCGCCAUCAGUCUGUCUCAGUCUUCAAGGAGAAAAUUCAUUCCCUGUUCGUAGAACAAAGUUCAUAUUUGCUCAUUACCAGAUCUACUCAUAGGUUAGUGCAAAGUUGUGUGAGAGAACCUUCGUUUUGUAAGGGCGUUUCCUAGGUAUGUAAGAUAAUUUUAGUCAGUCUAGUUGAAUGAAAGUGUAGAAAUGUUUUACCAACUAGAAAUAAAAGCGACAAGUAUUAGAACGACGA